AACAACAUCAAACAAACAAACAAACAGCAAAGCAAAGCGACAAUUCCCAUUCAUUUCCAUUCAUUGGUCGCAGUUUGUCUGCGAUUAUCACCAGUUUUGCUUUGGUCACUCGCUGGUCAGCUCACUCGCUUCCACCACGCACGAACCGCAGUGGAGAGUGGACAGUGGGUGGUUGCGGUGCGGAGACAGCCAACACACCAUAGGAGUGGGUGUGGGUGUGGGUGGGAGGUCGUGUGAAGUGUGAAGUGGGCGUGCGAACGUAGGGGUUAGCCCGGGCGAAGGCAGGCGAUUGCAGCGUUCGCUUUCCACCAGAAAGUUGAACGGGAACGCCCACUUAUGACGCCCCCUGUGACGCGUUAUCAGUGCACACACAACAACAAACACAAAGACUUGACCAAAAUCCAUACAAAAUGGCGAUAAGCGCAAGUGCCAGAGAAUUCCCGCGGGCCUAAAUCACACAAGAAACUCGUUUAUGCUGCACACCAUCCCCCCCGGCCGAUCCCCAGUCCAACCCCCAGUCCAGAGAGCUCGCCACCCGACCACCGGAUCCCUCGCCGGUGCGAUAACCCAUCUGAAAGUUUGGGUGGCCCACUCCGCUGAGAAACUCGCACCAAACCCGAAACAAGCGCCUAAGAUGUGUUCCCGCAACAUAAAGAUCUCGGUGGUGCUGUUUCUCGUCUUGAUACCAAUCUUCACCGCCUUGCCACACAACCACAAUCUGUCGAAGCGCAGCAAUUUCUUCGAUCUGGAGUGCAAGGGUAUCUUCAACAAGACCAUGUUCUUCCGACUGGAUCGCAUCUGCGAGGACUGCUAUCAGUUGUUCCGCGAGACGAGUAUACAUCGAUUAUGCAAGCAAGAAUGCUUCGGAUCGCCCUUCUUCAACGCCUGCAUAGAGGCUCUUCAGUUGCACGACGAGAUGGACAAGUACAACGAAUGGCGAGAUACCCUUGGUCGCAAGUAAAAUGGGAUUUGGCACCGUCACUGGCACGAGCACUUAACUUAAUUCUAUAAACUAUAAACUAAAAUAAAGUACCCUAUGUAUUAUUGAUAACUGUGGCAGAAUACGGCACGAACCAAUGGCAACCAGGAAACGAUCAACCCGAGGAAUGUGUAUCCACUUAACAAAAAAAAUAAAUUACUCUCUCGACUAAAUGCUAAAAAAAGAGAAGCAAAAAAAAAUGAUUUAAAAAAAAAUAUAUGAAAACAAUUACUACGCUAUUACCCGUUACUUAUCCGCACCGAUAUCAAAAAAAUUUGAAAAUCAGUUUUUUAUUCGUUUUUUAAUUAUUCUCUGGCAUGCACAUUGAUCCGUUUAACAAAAACAGUCUCGUGGAGCUUUUAGUUUUAGUAAUUUUUGAGAAUUAUGCUUGUUUUAGUUAUUGUUUGUCUUAAAAAAGAAAAGCAAAAGAACAAAAAAAAAGGGGGAACGCCAACAAACAAGAUACAAUACACAUAUAAUAAACGAACGAACGAACAAGAAUCAAAAUGUCUGAUGUAAAUAAAUUAUUUUGUCUUCUUUUAAAGAUUUGUAUGCAUAAAUAUUUAUAAUGCCUAACUAUUUUGUACAUUUCGUUUAAUUUAUAAGAUUAAGUUAACUCUUGUUACGGCAGUACAUUUUACGUUCCACAUUUUGUGAAUCCAAUAGAAGCCCAAAAAAACGAAACGGAAAAUCUAAAACCACCAAAACUUCUGAAAUAGAAAUGAGAAGGUUUUAGUAAAACUCUUCCGAACACAACAUAAUUCGAUUCGAUACUAUGUACUAUUGCGCGUAUGCCCUACAAAUACAUACACAUUAAUUAAUUAAUUUAAAUUUGUUUGGAUCUAGUCGUAAAAUAUAAAUAAAGAUUGUAUAUUUCAAGAAGA